AUGGAACUUGAUUCUGUGAGAGCUGAGCUAGAACUUCUGACUGGUAAGUAUCAACAAAAUGAGUUAAACAUAAAGAAGUUUGAUACAUCCAGUGACACUGUUAGAAAUAUGUGUGAUGUGCAAUUGGCAUAUAAGGAAAACAAGGGAAAAGGUUUGGGUUUUUCUGAUAAUGUUGCUAAAACUGAAAGUUUAGAUUUCGUGGUUUCAAAUUCUGUUUGUGAUGAAAAUAUUUUACCAGAGGAACCUGGUACACGUGCUGAUGAAUUUAAAACAUCUGUUUCGGUUGACUCGGACAAUUGUACCAGUGCGUCUGAAUCAUCAACUAAUGUCUCAGAAUCCUCUGAAACUGAUGAAGUUGAGAAUAUUGUCUUGUCUGAUUGUGUGAAUGAUAAUGAGAUAGGUAACAAGCAGGGAUCGUCUGAUAGUAGCAUCAAGCCUGAGAAUCAGACUGAAGAUUCCAGUAUGUCAGAUGAUGAGCAAAGUCUUCCUGAGGAUUCUGGCUCUUCUGUUGAAUCCAAACCCACUGUCUUAGAAACAAGUGUGAACUCAAAUGUUUUAAAUGAUAAUCACUCAUCAUCUGACAAACCAGAAUCAGCAAUUCCCAAAAAUUCAGUUUCUGAGGAGGAGGGUUCUAAUGAAAAUUGUUCUCAAAACUCUACUCCUCUAAAGAAAAAGAGAUCACGUAAAAAUAAGAAGUGA